AUUGAGGAAAAUAUAUUAAUGGCAACAAAAUUGGUAUAUGGGAUAUUAAUAGAAUAAGAUUAGCUAUCUUUCCUUAACCUUAAUGGAUUAAAAAGAAAGGUUAUCAGUCUUUAGAAUUAAUAUAAAUGAUAAAUUCAAAAAGCAAUUUUUAGGGGUUAGGAGAUAUAUGACCAAAAAGGUCAAAAGAAUGGAAAAUGGGUUGAGUUAUGUGAAGGUUUUAAAUUAUCACAAUUUAAUAUUUAGAGAAACCUAAAUCAUAUUCUGAUGUGAAUAAAAAUAGCAGGAAAUAUAGUAUUGGGGAUAUUCUUCAUUAGAGAUAUAGUAAUAGGCCAUUUUAAUUGAUGUAAAUAUAUUAUUAUUAAAUAAUCAUAGUGGAUUUGGUAAUUAUAAUGUCUAAGGGUUGAAAAAUGGAAAAUGGGUUGAGUAGAGCGAAAAUUUUUAAAGGUUGUAAAAAUAGUUUUUAAUAAUAGUGAUGUUUAUGUUAAUUAUGAAGGUCGGUAUAAAAAUGGAAGAAAAGUUGGGUAAUGGGAUAUUAAAUUAGAGAAUGAUUAUAUUUUUUAUAAAUGUAUAAAUAUAUUUUUACUAGUAGUUCUUAGUGGUUAUGGAACUUAUGAUGAAUAAGGACUUAAAAACAGCAUUUGGUUCGAAUUAAGUGAUAAUUAUUGGAAAUUUUAAUAAUCUCUUAUAAUAAUAGAUUUAAAAGAGAGGCCACUUAUUAUGGAGAAUAUUAAAAAGAUAAAGAAAUUUGAAAAUGGGAAAUCUACUACAAAAAUUGUAAUAAUCCUUUUGAAAUGAUGUGAGUAAUAUAUUAUAUAGAUAAAUAUGUUAGAGGUGGUGGAUUAUAUAGUGAUUCAGGUGUGAAAAAUGGUUAUUGUAUAGAAUUGUAUGAAAGUUUUUGGAGGUUUUAUUCUAAUUAUUAAAAUUAGUUGGAAUGAAGUCAUUUACAAGGUUUAUAUUUAAAUGGAUAAUAGAUAGAUAGAUAAGAUAUAUAUUUAGAUCUUCUAUAAAAAAUGAGUUUCAUAAUAUGUAUUUUUAUUUGAGUAAAUUUUUGAGUUGUGGUGGAACUUAUGAUGAUUAAAAUUUGAAGAAUGGUAAUUGGGAUGAUUAAUUCGAUAGAUUCUAUAGGUUUUAUUUUUGAAUUAAUUCAAUAGGAACUAAGGUUAUAAAAUACUGUAUUGUUAUUUGAUUAAUGGAAGAAAUAAGUUAAUGUAAUAAUAAAGAAAAUUUGAAAAUGUAACAUAUCAAAAAUUAAUAAUUAGAGAACAAAAAAUAUGUGA